CACACAAGAUGAAUCUCAACGUCUCCUCCUUUUCUCUCCUCUCCCUAACCCUCUUACUCCUCUUCUCGCCCACCGUUACAGCCGAUAACAUCACACAUGCGUUUGAGAAAUACUCCAACUUCAGCACCAUGAGUGACCUCUUCACCAAAACCAAGCUCACUACACUCAUAAGCAAGUACCAAACCAUAACCUUACUCGCUGUUAACAACAACAACAUCAGCUCUAUCACUAACAAAUCCGCCAUUGAGCUCAAGAACAUCCUCAUGACUCAUGUCAUUCUUGAUUACUAUGACGAGCUCAAGCUUAAGGGGAUGAAGGAGAAGAGCAUCAUGCUCACUACCUUGUACCAAACAACCGGUUUGGGUGAAGAGAUGAAUGGUUUCCUCAACUGUACCAAAUCCAAAGGAAGAGUUUACUUUGGAUCCGGAGUAAAGGGCUCACCACUAAACGCUGAGUAUGUUACCACGUUGUAUCACAACCCUUUUAACCUUUCUAUAAUACAGAUUAGCAUGCCCAUUGUGGCUCCUGGACUCAGCUUAGCAGUUCUCCCACCUCCACCACCACCCGUUCCUUUAGCUCCAGCUCCUGCUCCAUCUACUAUGAAUGCUGCAAUGGCUCCAAGUCCAUCUCCCAUGAGUGGUGCAACCCCUCCAGCUCCAGCUCCUGGACCAGGUGAUGAAGACAAUGCCUCGGAUAGUAAUGUUCCAAAACUUACACCUGAAACAGAGACACCAGAGGUUGAUUCUCCAGCACCUACUCCAAGCGCUGAUAAUGAGAAGAUUGAAGCUGCUGAUAAGGCUGGGAAGACCUCUUCUGCUUGCAAGACACGUUUUAGCUUUGAAGUUGUUGUUCUCUUGAUGGUAUUUUUUGUUAGCUUUGCUUGGUUUUAAGUUGGAGUUAGAUCAUGUGGUCUGAUGACAAUAAUGGUAGAUGAGAUUCAAAAACAUUUAUUCAUUU